AAAAAAGAUUAAUACGCGGUGGUUACUUUGUAUGUCUUAUCUAUAAGCUUAAGCCAUAUGUCAUCAUUUAUCUUCUUCUUUCUUCUUUAUUCUCUAUCAUGAUGGACAACUCGUAUGUCACACAAGAUGUCAAUGACAAGAACUCGCUUAAAAACAGCUGUAGUCGUCAAGACUCUUAUUCAUCUGUGAGUACAGACCCAACAAGCUAUGAUAAACCAUCAAAUCAUUUGAACAUGACAAGCUCUAUGGUUCAGCCCAACAUAUGGCGUUCUUCGACUACUUCAGAUAUGACACUUGGGCAGACUUCACACACAAUCAUUCACCCAUUAGAAUCGAACAUAAUACUUCAAUCAUGGAAUACAGCACCUGACUUUCCAAACCAAGUUAAGCUAGAACAAGCAUGGCGCAUGGAAUCACAACCGUCUUCAUUCAUACAUACAGGCCAUCAUCCAAACUAUGAAUUAAGCAGCAUCAUGCCACAGACGCCUACCAGCUCCAAUUAUGUCGACAUGUUACCUAUGCAUCAUUUUGGUCUUUCAGACAUCCAUUCUACUCCACCUGUAAUGGACAAUACAUCAAAUCAUAACGUCAUCUUUACGCCUCCUCUUCCUACCAACACCAUGCCUGUCUUUCUUGAUUCUAAAGCGGGCCGUCGAAACUCUUCAGCAGAGCAUCGUCCACAUAAACAACGGGUGCAUGGAAAAAGAUCUUCCUCCCAGCCUUCUGUUGCUUCUGUUGUUUCCUUGACAGCACAUGAGCCCGUGUCUAAAAUCAUUCAUGGUAUUGAGCACAUCACUUUCUUGUACUCUCAUGAUCGUUUAGUAAAAGAAUACACUGUGCGUACAGAUGUAGACAGUGUGGAUCUGGAUGAUAUUGCUAUGGAAUUCCGUAUUCAGAACGCGAUUUAUCCAAGAGCCAAUGUAGACAGGUCUGAAUAUGACGGCAACCGAUGGGACUAUGAAACCACAUGCAACCAAUUGGGCUGGAAGAUUUGCUGGUUAAAUAAGGAACAAUUGUUUGGAAGAAGAGGUUUAAUCCAGCGUGCUGUUGAUUCUUACCGUAACCGACAUGCAGAUAUGCGAUCCAGAAGAGUAGCUCGACAAGAAAAAGUAGCCAAUGGUACUUUGCGUAAACGUCGUUCCAAAAAGUUUUCAACACCACAUCUUCCCAUCUAAUUUGAAUAAAAAUUUCGUAUAAAAAGCCACUCGAAA